CAGGAACCACCAGGCUUCCCAGCAAUGCAGGAAGCAGAUGACAGCCCUCCCAAAUAUUGUCAUACAACAGAAGACCCACAGCAGGGCAGAGAGGAACCUCACGAAAGCAGCCCAGAAGCUCAUGGGGCAAUACAAAAUUUUGGCAAAGAAGACCAUGCACUGAAAACAGAUUUAGAUGGCAAAGAAGAGAAAGGUGUGUGUCUAAAUACAGCGAGAAUCAGGGAGAAUUCAAAAACACCAGGAAAUUAUAAAGAGAAACCUGACACAGCAGAGAAGGAGUGGAAGUUCCACAUGACUGAGAAAAAGGACAUGGAUCAUCAUGCAGCAACCCAGGAAAAAUAUGAAAGCAAAGACUCUUUAGCUUUGGGCCCUGGAAUUUCCAAAGAAACUUUGCAAGAGUUGAAAAAGCUGUUGAGAGAAAGCCCAGUGCUGAGUACCAGGGUUAGGAACAGUGGCAAAUCUAGAAGUCCCUCUUCCCAUACACUUCCACUGAAGUCUAGUGAUAAUCAAAGGAGCUACAUGGAAACGUUUCACCCUCAUUUAAGAGGAGGUGAUCAGAAAGCCCUCUCUGGGCGCAAGCCAGGAGCAGGGCUAGCCGGGAAGCCACCACUGCUGCACAGCUCUGCUGGGUUGGAUAAGCAGCCAUCCGAAAGCGAAGAUAUGGACCAUUCUCCUGGGAGGCAACAGACACAUUCCCCCAAUGCAGGCAGUGCUUCAGAAACUAAAUUUGAGCCCACAUCUGGUAAGGAACACGGCAGAGAUCCCAGUGUAAAGAACAUCCCCCUUCACUUGGUCUCUGAGAUUGAGCGCAUUAAAGAACAGAUGUCCAGAGACAAUGUACGUUUUGUCAGGUUUGAAGCAGCUGACCUUCAUGGUGUGUCAAGAUCAAAGAGCAUCCCGUCUCGUUUAUUCCGGGCCAAAGCAAUCCAUGGUGUUGCCAUGCCCAGGGGUUACCUUGAACUUACUCUGAAUCCCAAGGAUAAUGAAAUAAACCAUAUAAGCGCCAGCAAUUUCAACUGUGACAUAAUCCUGAGUCCUGAAUUAUCAACGUUUCGGGUUUUGCCAUGGACUGAAGACACUGCUAGAGUGAUCUGUGAUUCCUUCGCUGUAACCGGCAACCCUUUGUUGACUUCCCCCAGGCACAUUGCCAAACAACAGCUGGGGCAACUCCAAGACCACGGCUUUGCCCUGCGUUCUGCCUUCACUUACGAGUUCUGCAUUUAUGGCAUUGCCGAAAUCAUCAAUUCAAAGACGAUCACUUUCCCCACUACAACCAUACUCAAUAACCAAGACCAGUGUUUCAUUCAGGAACUCAUUGACGGGAUGUAUCAUGCCGGGGCAAACAUUGAGAGUUUCUCAUCUUCCACAGGACCUGGCCAAAUGGAGAUCUCUUUUCAGCCAGAGUUUGGCCUCAGUGCAGCCGACAGUGCCUUCACCUUCCGCACCGGCAUUAAAGAAGUGGCCAAAAAGUAUAAUUACAUUGCCAGCUUUUUCACCGAGAAUGGAUUUUGCAACUCAGGCAUCCUCUCCCAUAGCCUUUGGGAUAUCACUGGGCAGAAUAAUUUGUUUUCUUCUGGUUCCGGAGCCCCCGAAUUCACCGACAUAGGGAAGAACUGGCUUGCUGGGUUAUUGGUACAUUCUGCAGCUCUGAGCUGCUUGAUGGCUCCAACCAUCGGCUGCCGUAAACGCUACAAUGUGUACCGCAAGGAUUCCAAGGAGAUGGUGACUGUGAAGUGGGCAUGGAAUGAUAACAGCUGUGCAUUUAAUGUCAAAAGUCAUGGCGAGAAAGGAACUCGGAUUGAAAGCAGGCUAGGUUCAGCAAUGGCAAACCCUUACUUGGUUCUGUCUGCUACUAUCGCUGCUGGUCUGGAUGGCAUAAGGAGAGGGCUCAGUUUCCAGGAGGCAUCAGAGGAGAUCCAGAGCACUGCUCAGUUCAAAGUUGCAACAAUCCCGCUGAAACUGGAAGAUGCUCUCAUUGCACUUCAGGAAGACGAGUGCAUCCGGGAAGCCCUAGGUAACACCUUUGUCCGGUAUUUCAUCGCUAUGAAACAGUAUGAGAUGGAAAAUGAAGAGAUGGAUGUGGAAAGGAAUAAAUUUUUAGAAUAUUUUAUCUAGCACAAGUGCAUGACAUUUUGAGAGCCACUGUAGUGUUGUGGCUAAGAGCCUGAGCUAUGGAUCAAGAAGUUUCCAGUUUGAAUCCCAUCUCUGUCAUGAACUCACGGGGCAGUCUUAAGCAAACUGCUCUCUCUCAGCCUCAGUCCUCUCAUCUGCAGCAUGGGGAAUAAUAAAAUUGACCUACCUUACAGAGUUAUUGUAAGGAUCACACCCAGAUAAUGCAAGUGCAUUACUCUGAACACUUGUUAAAUGCUAUACA